AUGGCUGCGGCAAGGUAUGGACAAAGAGGCGUGUUUGAUUUUCUUGUGAGCAAGGGAUGUGACGAGGAGAUGAUUGACGACUCUGGUAACAAUAUCCUCCACGUAGCCUGUCUUGGAGGAGACUUGAAGUUAGUGAAGUCAAUUCUGGUGAAGGAGACUGUUGGGAUAAACAGUAGAGGCCAUUGUGGGAGGACGCCAAUGAUGGCUGCAGCGCGUAUGGGACACAAACAUGUUUUAAAGACUCUGUUGAAUAGUCAAUGUGAUGCAUCACUCGUAGAUGAUGACAAUAACAACAUACUUCAUUAUGCGUGCAUUGGGGGACACCUGGACGUAGUGCAGUAUAUCCUGAAAAGGACUAUUAUAGACAUUAACAGUAAAGGGAAACAUGGCAUGACUCCAGUGAUGAUCUCAGUAGAGAUUGAUCACCGACACAUGUUUAAUUUACUUGUGCACAAAGGAGCUGAACUGUCACAUGUCGAUGAUAAUGAAAACAACAUUCUUCAUUUGACCUGUUCUAGCGGGAAUGUAAAAAUGGUGACAGAUCUACUUGCCAAAGAUAGUGUGGACAUCAACAGUAGGGGACAGAAUGGGGGAACAGCUUUGAUGUGGGCAACAUGGUGGCACCAGAGUGACGUUAUUGACUUACUUUUGAGCAAAGGAGCUGAUGCAUCACUAACAGACAAUGAUGGUAACAACAUACUUCAUAAUGCGUGCAUUGGGGGACACCUGGAGGUAGUGCAGUAUAUCCUGAAAAAGAACAUUGUAGACAUCAAUUGUAAAGGGAAACAUGGCAUGACUCCAGUGAUGAUCUCACUUGAUGUUAGACACAUGCUCGUGUUUGAUUUUCUUGUGCGCAGAGAAGCUGAUCUGUCACACGUAGAUGACAAUGGUAACAACAUUCUUCAUCUAGCAUGUCUCUGGGGGUGUAAGGUGAUAGCAAAGUAUAUCCUCUCCAAACACAUUGUUGACAUCGACAGCAAGGGACAAUCCAGUAGGACACCAGUAAUGAUGGCAGCAGUGAGUGGACAUAAAGAAGUGUUCAGCUUACUUGUGAGUGAAGGGGCUAAUCUGUCAAGCAUUGAUGCCAGUGGUAACAACAUCCUUCAUUUGGGAUGUUUAGGAGGAAGUGAAAGCAUAGUGCAGCACAUCCUGUCACACAAUGUUGUUGACAUUAAUGCCAUGAACCAUGAUGGAUCAAAAGCUACUAAUAUCGCCACAGAACAGGGUCAUAGUUCAAUAUGUGAACUUCUUGGACCGCAGCCUACCAACUGA